AACCUCGAGAAGAGAGAGAGAAGGAGAGAGACAGAGAGGGAGGGAGAUGGCGAACGAGUUAAAGGCGAAGCUCCUCCAUGAGGAGCGGAAGGGGGAGGUGGCGGCGGAGGAGGAGGAGAAGUUGAGCAGGAGGCUGUGGGUGGAGAACAAGAAGCUGUGGGUGGUGGCGGGGCCGUCCAUCUUCACGCGCUUCUCAACGUUCGGCGUGACGGUCAUCAGCCAAGCGUUCAUCGGCCACCUCGGCGCCACCGAGCUCGCCGCCUACGCCAUCGUCUCCACCGUCCUCAUGCGCUUCGCCAACGGCAUCCUGCUGGGCAUGGCAAGUGCAUUGGAAACUCUUUGUGGGCAAUCUUAUGGCGCAGAACAAUACCACAUGCUAGGCAUCUAUCUCCAAAGGUCUUGGAUCAUCUUGUUUAUGUGCAGCCUAGUAAUCCUUCCAGUCUUUAUCUUCACGACUCCACUCCUUAAGCUACUUGGUCAAGAGGAGUCCAUUGCGGAAAUGGCUGGCACGAUCUCACUAUGGUACAUCCCAGUCAUGUUCUCCUACAUAUGGGCAUUCACACUCCAAAUGUAUCUUCAAGCUCAGAGCAAGAACAUCAUCAUCACAUAUUUGGCAGUCCUGACACUUGCUCUCCACAUCUUCCUCUCAUGGUUCUUGACCAUAAAGCUUAAGCUGGCCCUCGCCGGCGUGAUGGGCUCAAUGAUCUUGGCAAUGUGGAUACCUGUGAUUGGUCAGCUUGGUUUCGUGUUCUUCGGGGGUUGCCCUGAGACUUGGACAGGGUUUUCAUUUGCUGCUUUUAAGGAUCUGGGGGCAAUUAUCAAGCUCUCCCUGUCAUCUGGUCUCAUGCUUUGUCUGGAGCUCUGGUACAACACCGUCUUGGUUCUUCUGACAGGUUACAUGAAGAACGCAGAGGUUGCCAUAGAUGCCCUCUCCAUCUGCCUCAAUAUUAAUGGAUGGGAGAUGAUGAUUUCUGUUGGCUUCUUGGCUGCAGCAGGAGUUCGGGUGGCAAAUGAACUUGGAGCAGGGAGUGCAAGAAGGGCACAGUUCUCUAUCAUCAAUGUAGUGGUUACAUCCUCGAUCAUCGGAUCUGUGUUUUUUGUGUUGUUUCUGGUGUUCCGUAGCAGCCUUGCUUACAUAUUUACUGAUAGUGAAGCAGUGGCCAGAGCAGUUGAUGACCUCUCUCUGCUAUUGGCUUUCUCCAUACUGCUGAACAGUGUUCAACCAGUGCUUUCAGGGGUUGCCGUUGGUGCUGGUUGGCAGAGUGUGGUUGCUUAUGUAAACAUAACAAGCUACUACUUGAUCGGCAUUCCUCUAGGAGUCGUGCUUGGUUACGUGCUUGGUUUUCAUGUGAAGGGUAUUUGGGUUGGAAUGUUAGUUGGAACAGCUGUUCAAACUCUAGUGCUUCUGGGCAUUACCAUGAAAACAGACUGGGAAAUGCAGGUUGUUUUGGCUCAAGAGCGCUUAAACAAGUGGUAUAUGGAAGCAUCAAGGAGGUCAAAUGGUUCCAGGGGAGCUCCUUAGGCUCCUCUUUUUUUUUUUUUCUUUUCUUUUUUCUUUUUGAUACAUCCAAUUGUUUUCGAUGAGGCAGCGGUCGGAUCAAAGCAUGGCAUAUAUUCUAAGGUUUCCUUUACAUGAAAAACUUCAUUCAAUAGCUCUCCCCAACUAAAAGAAACAACCUCCUGUCAUGCUUUUGCCUAGUUAUAUUGCCUUGAGUACUUUUGAUCUCUUCCACCAUGCUCAGUUUUGUGUACAUGGUGAGACUUGAUGCACCAUGACUCUUUUUGCGAGAAUAUAUGCAUUCACUCUA